CGGCGCACAAAGACAAGAACAGAAGAUGUCGGAAUGAAAUGGCAGCAAAGACAUCGAAGGGUCCAACCGCGAGGAGGCUUCCUUCGCUCUUUCAAAUCCGGAUGGAGAGCAACACAAUUACUCCGCAACGCACCGCUGGAGAGAAAGGCUUGCCAAAUUUGAGGCAUGGUUUCACGGCUGGAAGAGCAAAGCUAGCGCCGACAACUUUGAUACGCUUAAAGAGACCUGGGAGUUUCCAGAUCGCGAGGCCAUGUAUCUCACAGAAGAUGAGUUUGACCAUUCAUCUCCUCUUAGCGAGUUGCUGUCUAAGUUGAGUGAAAACAUAAAGAAAUCGAUUGCAAACGUGCAAACAUACCAUCCAUCGGCAGACAAAGAAAAUGCGCCGAGUUCAAGUACCGACAUUGAUACAUAUCAAACACUUCAGCAAGAACUUCAGCAACAAUGUUUUGAGGCUCUUCUCUGUAGGUCUGAGCUUACUCUAUCAAAAAUUCAAAAUCUGUAUGAUCGACACAACGCACUGAAGGAUAAGAUUUAUGUCAACUGUUGCAAAGGGAAUGAAAGCCAACAGAGCCAGACGGGAGAUCACCCAGCAAUCUCUCUCGACGGCCGACGGUUUCAUAAAGACAAGGGAGCCAGCCCACCAACAAUACACGACUCUACUGCCGGUGAGCAAGGGAAAAAGUUACGCCAGGAAUUGUCCGCUUUGGUCUCGCAGGAGGCGAAACAAAGCUUGCUUGCCUUUCAAGAGUAUGUGUCCAAUCUCUUCAAAGCAGCCACAGAAACCAAUGACAAGUCCUGUGUCGAAAACACAGUCAAAGCUAUUCUUGACUGGGAAGGUGCUGUUUUCGAUGGUACAGACAAGAGCUUUGCCCGACCACCAACUUACGUCGAUUGCGAAACCGACGUUGACCAACCAAUUUUACAUGCUAUUGUGUGCCGAAUCAUUCACAUAAUCGAAGACAAGGAAGAACCAUCGGACGAUGCCACUGUGAUUUUUGCCGCCUCUGACAUAGGGGUGACAACAGAACAGUCUAUUGCCAGGACAAGCUCUACAUCUGGUAGUGACGUAACGAUGCAAACUCAUACAAAGCACCUGGCAGUUCGUCUCCCAGCCAUGGUACACUCCCCCUUGGAGAUAAAGACAGCACCUGCUGAUAGCAAAAAGUUCAUUCGACGGACCGACAAGGGUCGAUUUCAGAUUAUUGGCCACCUGUCCAAGAAACUUGAGCAUGCCUUUAAUUUUGGUGGUGCUGGUGUCGAUGCUUCUGCCAUCGGAGUCACUCUUACGCAGUUGUCCGUCGCAGUCAUUGAGGUUGAGCUUUCGGGAACUGGCACUGCAGAUGCCGAGAUUGCUGGGAUAUCAACUGGCCUCGCGCCAUUAGGACUUGACUCGAACAUGGAAAAGCAACAUGACGCUUUGCCGGGCUCCAACAAUGCAAAUGAAUCUGGAUUUGUUCUUCUCGCAGGAGCGAUAUUGUAUGCCAACCGAAAAGGCAUUAGCUACAGAGAAAUGAAGAUCUCGCCGAUGUCCCCACAGGAAGAAGGAUUUGAUGUCAUUUAUCACCUUGGAAGCGGUGCUUUUGCCAACGCAUUCGAAAUUGGUGAGGAAGAAUUCAUGAAAGUCCCUCACUAUUCGGCAAACCAAGCAAAGAGUCUCGAAGAGGAAGCCAAAAUCCUGAAGAUUCUUGGUGAUAUUGAAAACGCACCAGAAAGCAUCCCAAGUCUUACCAACCAUCAUGCUGAACACUUGCUCUCGAAUCUUCAUGUAACUUUACGAGACGAGGUGUCAAACAUCAUCGGAUUGAGGCUGAAAGGAAUCAUUGGUGUUUCUUUGAAUAAACUCCAAAGGGAAUUCUGGGGCAAAAUAUCCAAGACUGCGAUAGCUCAAGUUUGCGGUGCUCUUCAAUUUGCUCACCAGAAUGGGAUCUUCCACUUGGAUGUCCGUCCUGGCAACAUCAUUGUUAAGCACAACGAAGAAGAUGCAACUACGCAAGUCUUGCUCGGUGAUUGGGGCUGUGCCACUUUGGAAAGGAAAUUGAAGUCUUUCCGUGGUUGCACUCCUUAUGCCCAUGAUUCGCUUCUUGGAAAGCAUGCCAGCUGCAACCCAGAUGUAAAGUCUGAGCUGGAUUUCGCUUCUCUUACCUACACCAUCAUCCACGUCACGGAAGGAAGGUUGCCAUGGCUUAGCGAGUUUGACCGUCCUCGGAAUGUAGAGUCCAAGGACGUUGAGAAGAGAAGAAGCUUUGUUGACAGGUGGUUCGAGGAAAAAACGAAGGAAGUUCUUCCGGAUGAUUGCACGCACUUGCUGGAAAGCUGGAAAAUGAUGUUUCUCGCAGGAGAUCCAAGCGAAAGGCAGUUGCUACCGGUAUCAGCACUUGAUUCAGUAGCGGAUGAGCUAAUGCCCGGUGGUUUAAAAAGUCCAAGAGAUUACUUGUAUUGAGAU